AUGCAAUUUUGCGCACUGCUGUCAACCAUUAACAGUCCACGAUAUACUCUUUAUUUCACAUUCAAAAUAACGCAAAAUAAAAACACUGUUAUGGAUAGUCCAGAAUUUGAUUCACCAGAUAGAUCUUUUGAUAGUGAAGAAAAUGCACUAACAAAAUAUGAGCAUGAAUUAGAAAAAAUCAUGAAUGAAAGUGUGCAAAAUGGAAAAGAUUUAUAUAAUCAAAAAUUAUUUCUUUCUUUUCAAAAUACCGCAAAAGCACUCACAAAAAUGUUUCGAGAACGAUCGAAUGGCACUGCAAAUUGGACCUCGUUUCAACUUGCAGCAGGCUCAGUGACUAUGCUAUAUAAAGAAAGUCUUGAUGCUUUUAAAGAUGCCAUUGAUCUUGGUACAGUUUAUGGAGAACAACGUAAAACAAAAGAAUUACUUUGCUGGGCAAGACGAAAGCAACGUCGUCAUAUACGAACAGAUGAAGUUUACGAUUAUUUAAUUGGACGACCACCAUAUCGAUUUGUGCGACCACCUCCUGUCGGUAGUGGUUCAUCACAUCGUCGACGUGAUUCAUCCGUUGUAAGAGAAAAUUUAAUAGUAGAUAAUUCUCAACAGCAACACAUAAUACCACCAGCUCCAAUCGAUACAAACGAAUUACAAACAUUUCGACAAGCACUCGUUAUGCAUGAUAUGGAUAGUGCUAAUCGUGUACCAUCAUCAACUGACAGUAAUAGUUAUUUAUAUUCGUCACCAACGACACAAGCGUUACCACAAACGCCACUAGGCACAACUAUUAAUUCAACCUACCCGCGUCAUCAACAACAACAAACAAAUUCUUCAACUCAACAAACAUCCUUUAAUUCAGGCAAUAAUGAACUUGAUACUUUUCUUUGCCAACAAGUUGCAAAUCAUAUGGCAAGAAAACGUGAUUAUUAUUCAGCAUUAGCCGAUGACUUAACAGAUGGCAUACCACAUAAAACGAAACGUGGACGACAUACGUAG